AUGCACGCAACCUACUUAGCUUUGCUCGCUGGCUCCAUGCUGCUUAUAAUUGAAGGUUUCCCUAGUUCGUUUUCGUCAUCAACAACUACACCAUCAACAUCUAUUCGUUCUGUUUUUGGUGGACAUAGUCGCGUUCGUUCACGAUUCCGUCGUCGAGAAUUAGUACAAGAAGAAGUACGAAAAACAAUGUUAAGUUAUAUGACGAGUUUGAAAGGCGAAAUAACCGACGUUGUCUUAGAAGAAAUGAUCGAUUAUUACAAUAGUCAAACAUCGAAAUUGUAUCGACUAGAAAAAGAAGUUGUUCAUUUGAAAAAUUCCUCAUCGCCAAUUCUGCCAAAUGGUACAAACAUCAACGAUCUAGUUCUUCGAAUGUCUAAACAGCAGCGUUCAUUUGCAUCGAAUAUCACCAAUAUCGAACAUAAAAUAAAGAACCUAACAAAUAUUCUCAAUGAUCUUUUACACGAAUUACAAAAACCCGUUCAACACGUUCGUCGGCUCGUUCCAAUCAAAAAAGAUUUCGAAGAAAAUGAAACACCAACAGAUUGUGAUGAUAUACUUCGUCAACAAGGAUCGCUGGUUUCUUCGGGGAUAUUUCGCAUUAAACCACGAUUAUCAUCGGAAUCAUUUGAUGUACAAUGUAUUUUCGAGAAUAAUAUUGCAUGGACAGUAAUUCAACGUCGAUUCAACGGCUCCGUUGAUUUCUACCGAGGAUGGAAUGAUUAUAAGAAUGGUUUCGGCGAUUUACGUAGUGAAUUCUGGUUGGGAAACGAAAAAAUUCAUCAAUUAACAAACCAAGGUCAAUAUGUAUUACAUAUUGACUUAAAACCAUGGGAUGGCCCGAUACGUACCGCUGAAUACGGUCAAUUUUCAUUAGAUAAUGAAAAUCAAAACUACAAACUACAAAUUUCGCAAUAUCAACCAUCAGUCUCAACUGCAGGUGAUUCACUUUCAUCCUCAUGGGAUAACGCCAAUGGCGCCCCAUUUUCCACCUUCGAUCGUGACCAUGAUAAUCUGUUUUACGACAACUGUGCUUUGACUUACCAUGGUGCGUGGUGGUUCACAAGUUGUUUUCAAUCUCAUCUCAAUGGUGCAUACGUACGGUCGCCAUUAGCUUUACAAAACACGGCACGAAAUGGCCUACAUUGGAAUACCUUUGCAUUGUAUCAUUCAAUGAAAGAAACCACCAUGCGUAUACGAAAGCAACGUACAUCUGAAACAAGUGAAAUCGUAACAAAUUAA